AUGAAGGCAGGUGCUACAUCAUCCCCUUCAGACAAAUUGGAUUUCUCCCCAGGUGUGUCAGAAAAAACCCAGACUCCCACAGUGGCCCCAGAGAAUGUCACUGAAGGUGGGAUCAUGCUGCUUCCCACUAAUACUGUGCCAUCUGAGCCUAUGCAGCAGUUCACACCUCCUGCUACUGCUGCUAAAGCAGAUACAGUAAAAGAACUUAUUGUGUCUGCUGGGGAUAACAUCCAAGUGAUGCUACCCAAAAAUGAGGUUGAACUGAAUGCCUUUGCUGUCCCACCACCAUCUGCAGAAACAGCCUACACCUAUGAGUGGAGCUUAAUCAGUCACCCUGCUGACUAUGGUGGAGAAAUGGAGCGCAGGCACAGCCAGACUUUGAAGCUCUCUCAUUUAUCAGUGGGACUUUAUGCCUUCAAAGUGACAGUUUCUGGAGAAAAUGCCUUUGGUGAAGGUUUUGUAAAUGUCACAGUCAAACCAGCUGUCAGAGUUAACCAGCCACCUGUUGCUAUUGCUUCACCCAAAGUACAAGAAGUCUCUUUGCCUACAACUUCUACCUUCAUCGAUGGCAGUCAAAGUAUAGAUGAUAUGAAGAUAGUGAGUUAUCACUGGGAGGAAAUUAAAGGUCCCUUGCGAGAGCAGAAGGCAUCGGCUGACACACCUGUCUUGCACUUGUCUAACCUUGUUCCUGGAAACUACACUUUCAGACUCACAGUGAUUGAUUCAGAUGGAGCAGCCAACUCUACCAUUGCAUCUCUGACUGUCAGCAAACCAGUGGAUUACCCACCUAUUGCCAAUGCAGGACCUAAUCAGGCAGUCACGUUGCCUCAAAACUUCAUCACACUGAAUGGAAACCAGAGCAGUGAUGACCAUGAGAUUGUCAGCUAUGAAUGGUCGCUCAGUCCCAAAAGCAAAGGCAAAGUUGUAGCUAUGCAGGGAGUACGGACACCGUACCUCCAGUUAUCUGCAAUGCAGGAAGGAGAUUACACGUUUCAGCUGACUGUCACAGACUCUGCGAGGCAGCGAUCCACAGCUGAGGUCACACUGAUCGUACAGCCUGAAAAUAACAGUCCUCCAAUAGCAGUGGCUGGCCCUGACAAGGAAUUAACCUUCCCAGUAGAAAGUACUACACUGGAUGGAAGCAAAAGCCAGGAUGAUCAAGGCAUUGUCUUCUAUCAUUGGGAAAAUAUCAGUGGACCAAGCUCUGUACAGAUGGAAAAUGAUGACAAAGCAAUAGCAACUGUGACUGGUCUUCAAGUUGGUACCUAUCGCUUCAGGCUGACCGUGAAAGACCAACAGGGCUUAAGCAGUGCAUCUGUGCUGUCUAUUACUGUGAAGGAAGAAAACAACAGUCCACCCCGGGCGCGUGCUGGUGGGAAGCAUGUUCUAGUCCUUCCAAAUAACUCUGUUACCUUGGAUGGCUCAAGGUCUGCUGAUGACCAGGGGAUUGUGUCAUAUUUGUGGACUCGGGAUGGUCAAAGCCCAGCAGCUGGGGAUGUGAUCCAUGGGUCAGACCAUGAGGCAGUACUGCAGCUAACUAAUCUGGUGGAAGGAACCUAUACUUUUCACUUGAAAGUGACAGAUGCUAAAGGAGACUCAGAUGUUGAUUCAGCAACUGUUGAAGUGCGGCCUGAUCCCAGAAGGAAUGGUCUGGUGGAGCUGAUUCUGCAGGUUGGAGUGGGACAGCUGAGUGAACAGCAGAAGGACACUCUGGUGAGACAGCUGGCUGUACUGCUGAAUGUUUUGGAUUCAGAUAUCAAAGUUCAGAAGAUACAAGCCUACUCAGAUAUAAGCACCGCAGUUGUGUUCUACGUGCAGAACGGGCAUCCUUCCACGGUGAUCAAGGCAUCAGAUGUCUCACGAACUCUGCAUGUGCAGCUCUUGAAACAGAAGGCUGACUUUCUGCUUUUUAAAGUCCUGCGAGUUGACACAGCUGCCUGUCUUUUAAAAUGCUCUGGACAUGGACACUGUGACCCCAUAACAAAGCGCUGCAUUUGCUACCAGCUGUGGAUGGAAAACUUGAUUCAUCGUUACCUAAAUGAUGGAGAGAGUAAUUGUGAGUGGAGUAUACUCUAUGUGACUGUAUCUGUUUUUACUUUGAUUGUGGUCAUGGUAGGGCUCGUCUGGUUCUGCAUCUGCUGUUGCAAAAGCAGAAAGAGGACAAAGAUAAGAAAGAAAACAAAAUAUACCAUCCUAGAUAACAUAGAUGAGCAGGAGAGAAUGGAGCUACGACCCAAAUAUGGUAUAAAACACAGAAGUACAGAACACAACUCCAGUCUGAUGGUCUCUGAGUCAGAGUUUGAUAGUGAUCAGGACACUAUCUUCAGCAGAGAAAAGAUUGAAAGAGAAAAUCCUAGAACACUUAUGAAUGGAUCCAUCAGAAAUGGAGUUUCCUUCAACUACAGCUCCAAAGACAGAUAA